ACUCGUCACAAUUAGCAAGCUUGUCUACACAUGGUGGUGUAUCUAAAACAGAGAGAGAGCAGGUUUUGUUCAAGGAACCAACAUAUUUUCAAUGAAUUGAUGCUGCACUGAAGACAGAAUUGCAGACAUUUUCAGACACACCAGACGACGAGACCUUGAUGGCAGCACAGGUUGCUGAAUGAGUAAAUACUUAUUAAUAAAGAAUAGAAUCCAGAAUGUUCAGCAUGGAAACAGAAGAAAAUCAUACACUAAUGGCCUGGAACAAUAUAUCACAACUUGACAACAGAACCGUCAUCUUCAGAAACUGGACAAACCCUGUGAUUGGCUGCUUCACCUGGAAGUCACCCAAUCAUUUUCUUUUUCAGUUGGCAAACUGCGUUCUAUUACUAGCUCUGUUUGCUCCAGAUGGAAAGAAAGGGAUACUUUUCAUGCAUGGGUUCUUUGUUUUGGGAUUUUUACUGUUAUCGGUGUGGUCAUGGGUUGUACUUUGUGCUCCUGAUUUCUUUUCCUGGAAUUUUUCUUUUAUGGUGCUGAAUGCGAUUCAGACAUUAUUCCUGAUGUACCACAUUAGACCAGUUAAGUUUUGUGACGAAUUGGAACAAGUUUAUGUGGCUCUCUUUCAACCGAUGAAAAUUCCAAGACAUUUGUUCAAGAAACUUGUUUCUACGGAUUAUUGUACACUGACAUCGCUCCAUGAAGGCGAGGCUUAUGCUACACAAGGGAUCAGUAAGACGGACAGACUUGGUCUUUUGAUGACUGGAAAAAUGAAUGUUUACAGUCAUAACAACCUUCUCCACCAAAUACACGAAAAGGAAUUUAUUGACUCACCUGAAUUUGAAUCUGGUGUUGGUGGCGACGAGAAAUACCAGGUAUCAAUCUUUGCCGGUUCAAUGUGUCGAUAUAUAUUUUGGUCAAGACAUAGUUUGGAGUAUUUGUUAAUUAAGGAAUCGUACCUUGCUAACGUAUUCAACAUUAUCCUAGGUCGAGAUAUUACCAACAAACUGUAUGCUUUAAAUGAAAAGGUAGCUUUAAGAAAAGGAUCACGUGUUGACAUUAGACUACCGAGUGUUUCAUCAUCUCUAAAGGCGAAACAAGAUUUACGUAAAACCGUAGCUGGUGUAGGAGAUGAGAGUCCGUCUCAUGCUCCACAAACCAUUAUUGAUGACACAGGAGACGAUGACGUGUAUAUAGAUGAGAGUGUUGAAGAUCAGGAAAAAGAAGGGCUAUUGAACGGCCAUCUUAGACAACCAUAUUUUCGGGGUCCAAGUCUAUCGACUUGUAGUGAAUUUUCUCGUGGAGAGUCACCAAGAUGUUCCAUUAAUUCUCAUUCAAGCAAUUCUGGCAUUCAUAUCAAAAUGUAACUACAAAGCUGUUUAAGUACCGUUGGAUGAUCAUUUUAAUCAUUACCUAAUGUGAGUUUAUUUGAUAACUUGUCAGAGGAAAUGAGAAGUGUUUGUAUGUGAACACAUAUGCCAAGGUAACAUUUUUAGAUCUACCAUUGUUGGGAUACAUUAAAGACGAGACAUAUAUAAAUUAACGUGUAGGCUGUAUAUAACCAAGGGUUAUCGAUUGCGAAAG